AUGUGGGACCUUCCUCAACUCCUCCAGUCGGUAAACCCAUGGGCCAACUUUAUCCCUCGAUGGGCCUUUAUCGUUACUCUGCCUUUCACUCUGUUCUACCUUGCUCUCGGUGGCAUUUCGGGCCUGUUUAUGGCCGACUAUGAGAGCAAUCGAUACUUUGAAUCUCUGGUCCAUUUCGAUCAUAACGUCGCCUUUGCAAAACAGUCGUGGAAGCCUGGCGAGCACGACGGUGGGGUCGGGCCCUAUUGGAUCCCCCAGCUUCGAAAUCCUUCCAACUGGUGGGUAAAGCUGGGCCUUGACCGAUUUGAUGUUUCGCUCAUUCUCGAGGAAAACGACACGCCUAUAGACCAAUUUGCUUGGCUUAACUCACUGUAUCGUAAAACUGACGAAGAAGGGGAGGGCGAAUGCUGGCAUCAUUGGAUCUACCCUCUCGAUGUCUGGGACAGUGCAUUCAACGAGCUACUACAGUAUCAUUACGCAAAUCCAGCACCUUGCGAUGCAAGCUUCCACUAUAUCUCAUGCCCUUCAUCAUUUCUCUGCGAUAUCUGGAAAACUCGGUCUCCUGCGUUGAUUCACUUCACGACUGAAAGGGCAAGCAUUCGGCCGGACAAGGACCAAGAAAACAGAAAGGCUAUGCCGGGUUAUACUCCGGUGACGGUGCGCAUAAUCGAGUUUCCUAUUACCAUAGAGACGGAGAUGGCUCUUAUGCCUGGCGUUUUCCCGAGCCCCUUCAACCAGAUGAAAAGCAUCACGAGCGAUUCGUCCAUCUGGCAAGAACACGUUCCUUGGUCAAUUCAGAACCAACUGAGGGUCAGACUUAACGAUAUAGUCAAACGAAAGAGCAUAGAUUAUCCCAGCUCUUUCGGACGAAUGACAAAACUGGAUAAAUGGCUGUCGAAAGACAUACUCGAGCCUUCAAGUUUGGAAAUAUCACGUGAAGCCCUUCUGGCUGUUGGGAUGGUGUCAACGUUUCUCGGAUCCCGGAUCGUUGAAAUAGCAGGGGAUCUACUUAAUACGUUUUCAGAGGCAGUAGAUGCCAACAAGAGAGGCCCAGGGGGGAGCACCAAGGAUCAUUUGACGACAAGGGAGAAGAGGGAGCCGAAUUUCAUAGCACAGGCGAUGCGUGAAUUCUUCGACACCGACCGUGAUCUUGCCCAUGAGAAGAGAAGAAGCUCGCAAAAAUUGCUGAGGAUUUGA